UUCCAUCGACAAAGGUGUGCCAGCUGCCACCAUCAUAUCAACACAUCACCUCUAAGCUAAGCAAGGCUACCUCCACCUCCUGCACCGCAAAAUAAAUAAAUCACCGCACAAACAAACACCGCAGCUACUUCGAGCAAGUGCAUGAACUGGGAUGUCUGCAGCCGACUGGUACGCUCACAAAUCGCUCGGAGACGGACUCUUCUGGAUCCAGGAGCGGUUUUACCAGUCGGACAACCGGGCCAACAUCUGGCUGCUGCGCGGCUCGCACCAAGACGUGGUCAUAGACACCGGUCUGGGCUUGAGGAGCUUACCUGAAUACAUCGACGUCAAGGGGCUGCUGGGCAAAGAUCCGCAGAGGAAGAACCCGCUGCUGGCCAUCGCCACCCACGCCCACUUCGACCAUUCCGGUGGUCUGCAUCAGUUCCAACAGGUGGGCGUCCACAGCGCCGAGGUCGAUGCCUUGGCCAACGGAGACAACUUUGAGACGGUCACCUGGCUCAGCGACAGGGAGAUAGCCGAGGCUCCCAGUCCAGGAUGGAGGGCAAGGCACUACAAAGUCAAGGCUGUGCAGCCCACACACAUACUGCAGGAGGGUGAUGUGAUCAACCUGGGUGACCGACAGCUGACAGUGCUCCACAUGCCUGGCCACUCUCGGGGCAGCAUCUGCCUCCACGACCGUGACAACAAGUUGCUUUUCAGUGGAGACGUAGUGUAUGAUGGCUCUAUGAUUGACUGGUUGCCCUACAGCCACGUCAGUGACUACAUCAGCAGUUGUGAGCGCCUGGUGGGGCUGGUGGACAGCGAACAGGUCGACCAGGUCCUCCCAGGACACUACAACACCUUCGGUGCGAAGCGGCUCCACCGGAUUGCAUCGGCAUAUAUAAGCAGAGCUGGAACGUGCCCUGCAAAGUUCUCCACGUUUGCCUGGAGUACUUUGGCCGGGGCGGCGCUGUGGGCAUGUAAUCCACGGAGUGCCUGCUAAUGAGACGGGAUCAAGGAGCUGGAGGAAGCACAAGUGCACAAAGAGAAAAUAUGGACGACAUGAAAGAGGGUGAGGAGGCGGGGGGGCACCCCUCAUUUAUCUGUAACUUGAUGUAAACAUUGUUCAUUUACUUAUGUAAUCCAACAGAAAUCAUAUAAUUGCCAAACUUUGUGUAAAACGCCCCUAUUGGGUUACAUAAGUCAAUAAUCAGCAUCAUAUGAAGCAUAUAAUAUAAAGUAUUUAUUAGUGUGAUUCUGUUCUAUACCGAUAUGUAUUUGUUGAUUAUACAUAUGUUUUUUUUUAAAUACUUUAAUCAGUUGUGAAGUUAUAAUAGCACAACAAUGGUAGAACUCUCAGUUCUCCUCUGAGGCAUUUGGAAAAGAGUCAGUAUGGCCAUAGUAUUUCUCUAUGCAUUUUGCAAUGCUCAGUGAAGACUCGGUGUCGACUACCUCCUAUGUUUGUAAUAGUGCUUUGUACUAUUGACAGAUUUAAGGCUUUGCUAUCAAAAAAACUGACAAUAAAGCAUCUGUUCUACCUGCCUUUUUUUGAUGCUUCUA